AUGUGCAAAGUGUUUACAAUAACCUUGCGAGGAGCAGCCCAAGACUGGUUCCACACCCUACCAUCCAGGUCGAUCAGCAGCUUCAAGGAGCUAGCUUACGUCUUCACCAAAGAAUACACCUCUUACCGGACAAUCAAGAAGAACCCUGACCACUUGUACAACCUGCGCAAGAAGUCUGACGAAUCCCUUCGAGAUUACAUCAAGAGAUUCAAGGCGGAAAAGGCGAACAUUGUAGGAUGUGACGACCGAAUCGCGUCCUCCGCUUUCAAGAAAGGUCUUCCAGCUGAGCACGACUUGUACCGCGAGCUGACUAUCACUCCCAGCCAGACUCUGGCAGAGGUCUACGCGACUGCGGAACGCUACGCGCUCUGGGAUGACGAUCGAAUCGCCGCAAAGAAGUCUACAAAGCAGGAAGAUCAGCCGACUAAACGGGCAAGCCAAAGAGGCGACAACAGGAGCAAGGACAAGCGCAGGUCGCACCUACGAGAGGAGGCUACGGCAGGAGAGAACUAUACCAAGUUCACCAUCCCCAUACAUCAAAUCUUAGCCCAAGUGAAGAACAAACCUUGGGUAAGAAGACCACCACCAUUGAAAGGAGAUCCGGACAAGAGGGACACUAGCAAAUACUGUGCCUUCCAUGGAACGCACGAACACACUACGAACAAGUGCUUCGCUUGGAAAGCGCAUCUUGAAGAACUCGUGAGAGAAGGUCACUGCACAGAAUUCAUUGCGAAGCAGGCCAUCCAACGAAUUAAAGAUCGAGACACCGUCAAAGAGCUGCCUCAGAAGGUCAUAAGGAUUAACACCAUCCUAGCCGACUCCGAGGAGUCUGGGCUGACCAGCAAGGAAAAGAAGAGGAAGAUCAAACAGGCCACUGGGAUCUCCCAAGUCUCGACCGACCUUCCACUAGCAGAGGACGAUCCUGUGAUCGGCUUCUAA